GUAUGUAGUCAACCUGCUAUAUCUGCGGGGAUUAACCCGAACAGGACGGGAGGAAUGUCCCGCCAUGUUAACGCCAACAAAGUGGUUGCUCCGCUUCUUCUUCUUCAUCUCGGGUUCUCUCUUGAAAACACACUCACAGGUCAAUCUCAUGUAGCAGAGCACCAAACGUUACCUGCAAACAUCUCCAUAGUGGGUUUGGAUCAAUGUGGUGGGUUCACGUUUGGAAUCAUUUUUUAUGGGUUAGGAGACGUUGUCAUAGUGAUUCAGAGUCAGAGGAACUCUCACCAUGCUUCCUACUGUCACCAGAAAAAAAAGGAGAUGCUGCAGGAGGCAGCUCAACUCGGACAGGGCAUUCCGGUGGUUCUUCUCCUCCACGAGCUGUCUGAGAAUGAAGGUGACUGGAGUAUCCUCCCUGCACUUCCAGGCCUCUUUGCCGCUCACGGACGAUCUGCAUCCUGGUUUUUCUUCAUGGCAGAGGAAACCACAGUCGCACUGUCUGCUCUGCUUCUGGUGCUCAGCAGAUUUCCGGUCCAGGAGGAAUGGUUUUUAGGCAAGCGUCUCCAUGACAACAAGGCGACUAUCAUUCACCACUACGCCUUCUCUGAGGAUCCCACUUCUUUUGGCUACCCUGAUCCCGCGGCGGGCUGGGCUGUCAGCGUGCCGCUGUGCCAGAGACUUUCCGAGCGAGUCCAGCAUGAACACCUGAAGUCCGAUUUUACCAUCGACCUGCCACACGAGGUCAAUGAAACGCCGCUCAGAAGUUUGGUUGCUCUGUACAUCUGGGAGGGAGGAAAUGGUCCAGAGCUGACGGCUGUGCCAGAGUUUUGCAUCGAGCCAAGUGACAACUGUGCUACCACGUUCACCACCUACCUGCCUGACUGUGGCCCCCCAGUCUCUAAAAGCAAAGUGUUUGUUGCUGUAAAAACCUGUAAAAUAUUCCACUCAGAGCGAGUGCCAGUGGUGAAGGCUACCUGGGAGAAAUCUGCUGGGCUUUUGGAGUAUUACAGCGAUGUCAUUGAUGCCUCCAUUCCCACAGUCAGUCUGGGCGUGCCAAAUACCCACCGAGGACACUGUGGAAAGACGUUUGCCAUCUUAAAGCGUUUUUGGAGGGAAUUUGCGCCAAAGGCUGAUUGGCUGCUCAUUGUUGAUGAUGAUACUCUCAUCAGCUUACCCCGGUUGAGGCGGCUGCUGCGCUGCUAUGACCCAGAGGAAGCGGUGAGCCUGGGGGAGAGAUACGGCUUUGGCUUGAUUCAAGGCGGUUACAGCUACACCACAGGAGGAGCGGGGAUGGUGCUCAGUAGGACGGCUGUGUCCAGGCUGCUUUCCAGUGGAUGCGGUUGCUAUAGUGACGACGCUCCAGACGACAUGGUCCUGGGCAGGUGCUUCACAUCCCUCCGUGUCCCCAUCACCCACAACCCCCUGUUCCACCAGGCUCAACCGGAGGACUACGCAGAGCAGCUCUCUUCUUUGAAGCAUGCCAUCUCCUUUCACAAGCACUGGAAUACAGAUCCCGUGACUGUCUACAGACUGUGGCUGCAUGACACAGAUCCUCGAGAUGAGCUGUAGAAGGUCUGGAAGGGUGGAAGUUGUGUAUUAGCUAAGCUGUUAACCCUUAAAUCAAGUCAUCACGGUGGAAUACCCAGACAUCCUUCUCACGAUGGAAGGCAUGCAUAUAAAAAAUGAUGUUUAAAACUGCA